AAGUUUGAGCAGGUAAGGGAGCGAGGGAAAGGAGCAACCACCCACAGAUCCGAAAACAGAGUUUCACAGCCUUAAAAAAAAUAGAAAGAGUUUUUAUUGAGCUUAGAAAGAGGUCAAAUAUAUCUACAGAGGACAAAAAUGGUAUAAUAUAUUUUAAAAUCCUUACAAAGUCGCUUUUAUUUGGUAACACGCGUUUGAAUCGGUGAGAGUAUUUGUGGACGGUCCCUUAAAUUUAACCGUCCCGUCAUACCUCGCGUGGCCAACGGCUCUCUCCGCCGAGUGCUCGCUCAUUGAAUUCUCGUCCUCAUCCAGUUCAGCUCGAUUUACUUCAAUCAUUUCACAGAAACCGGAUCAGAGUCGCUCCUUUACCCCCUCUCUGUACCCUUACAUCUCACCAGCCUUCUCGUCUAUCUGGCUGCGGCGGUGGGUCGUGCUUUCCUGGGCUCGCUGGCUGGGUUUGGUCGGGGAGGCAGGGGGAAGUACGGAGCUGGUCCCGAGUGGCGAUGAUGGAGCUGGAGACGGCCAGUAACAGAGGCGAACUGGGAGCUGUGGGGGACUCCCUGCAGCCACAGACUCCCAGCAGGCACGAGAAGAGUCUGGGGCUGCUCACCACCAAGUUUGUGACUCUAUUACAGGAGGCGAAGGACGGGGUGCUGGAUCUGAAGGCGGCGGCAGACACCUUGGCGGUGCGGCAGAAACGGCGAAUCUACGAUAUCACUAAUGUUUUGGAGGGAAUCGGACUGAUAGAGAAGAAAUCCAAAAACAGCAUUCAAUGGAAAGGCGUCGGUCCAGGCUGUAACACCAGAGAGAUCGCUGAUAAGCUGAUCGAUCUGAAGGCCGAGCUGGAUGAUUUGGCUCUCAGGGAACAUGAGCUAGACCAGCAGAAGGUCUGGGUCCAACAGAGCAUCAAGAACGUGACAGACGACUCGAACAACAGCCCUGUGGCCUAUGUGAAACAUGAAGACCUGUGUGGAGCUUUCAAAGGCGACACGCUCCUGGCAAUCCGUGCUCCCAUUGGCACACAACUAGAGGUCCCAAUCCCAGAAUCUAUCCUCAACGGACAGAGGAAAUACCAGAUCCGUCUCAAGAGUACAUCUGGUCCCAUCGAGGUUCUGCUCGUCAAUAAGGACCCGUCCAGUGCCUCCCCUGUUGUGUUGCCCGUCCCUCCUCCAGAUGACGUCCUUCAAAGCCUCCCAGCACCAACGCCUACCUCUCAGCUACCUGCUGCUCCUCUCCAGGUCCCAAAAGCAGCUCCAACAAGUUCUAUAAAACCUGGUCCUAUCACAACGUUGGCAGCCAUCCAGUCCGUCUCAAUGACAGAAGUGACGAGCACAACAUCACUCAUGCCAACAGCAGAUCCGCCUGCAGCAGUAACCCAGCAACUACAGUCUUCUGCCUCGUUGGAUGGAUCUGUGUCCUCCUCAGCCUCGGCAGUAUUUGAACCAAUUAAGUCAGAUCCUUCUGAAUUGUUGGACUUUCCCAAAGAGCUCUCUGACAUGUUUGAUCCAACAAAAGAGAUCAUGAGCGGAGACCUGUUGGAGGACUUGAUGUCAUCAGAGGUGUUCUCGCCUCUCCUCCGUCUGUCCCCUCCACCCAGUGACCACGACUACAUCUACAACCUUGACGAAACAGAAGGCCUGUGCGACCUCUUUGACGUCCCCAUUCUGAACCUCUGACCCCUGACGGUGUUGUCGGAGCGUGAAGCAGUUUCCCAUCAUGCUAGCCUACCUUCAGGCGAUUUCCCCCUCGCUGGCGGUGAAGGUGAGAAGAGGUGCAGGAAAGCCGACGAGCAUUUCAGGACGCCUCUGCACUGACACAGUGAGCUCGAGCUCAGUCAGAUGGUAGCUUGAUGUACAGCCUUGUGACGAUAUAGAUCCAAGAACAAACCUUUUACUUACUGCUUUUCAAAGGAACAUAUUCAAUGGAAAUAAAUAAUUAUAUUUUUGGAUUGUUAUGAAUGAUGAAACUAUGUUUGUGUUUCAGCUUUCCAGUGUGCUGCUGAGCAAAUGUGAGUGGGCAUACUUUACGUGUGUGUGCGCGCGCGUGUGUGUGUGUGUGCUAGAGUUUUGUAUUGAACGCUCUCUGAACUUCUGUCAGAUCUCCAAACAAACAAAAAGAAAACCCUUUCUUGUCAGGUAAAGAGUCAUUGCAGACUAAUAGAGCAAAGCUUCCAUCUCCCAGCAUCUGCUCGCUCAUGGCUGAAUGAAUCCAAACACAGCUGGUUAAAUAUGCACUGUCCUCAUGUACAUAGAGAAUAUAUAUUUUGUAUUACCAGCACACAAAACUAUGACGUUAUAAUGAACUACAUUUGUACCGCAUGCAGGGCAAUGGUUUGCAGAAACACCAAGGUACCAGACGCAAAGAUCCAUUCUUUAUCAAUUACUUUGUUGAUUGUUCUGAAUCAACAAAGAGCUCAAUAUGUUUAAUCGAACCUCUCAGUGUUGAAGUGUCUUUGUGUUUGAGUUAGAGACUGAGCGUGUGCACUUCCUGACAUGAGGAGCCAAUCACACAUGCAGGGAUGAGGUGAACAGUUCCAUCCAUGCCUUUAGGUCGCUCCAUCAGGGAAACACAUUGUCUCCUCUGAGCUCAGCUUUGACUCUUCUACACAGAGAGGUUUGAUUAUUCAUGAGCUCUCUCUGGUUUCAUUCUGCCUCUGAACUUUUGAACUUUACAGAUGUACCGCCUGUGAUUUAUAUUUAACUUGUAUGUAUGACUUGUAUGUCAGAUGAAUCACUUCUCUCUCCCUCUCCAAAACAACUUCUGUCUCUAUAAUUUAUGUAUAUGAAAAGCAUUGUACUCCCUUCAUUUGUAUGUAAAAUGACGUAUGUAUUUCUGAUGUAUUUUUACUGAUGCAGUGAAUAUCGUCCCCGUGUCAUGAUAAACGCUCCUGUUCUGUAUAUUUGGCACUGACCCAUAUCUACAUUUUUUCAGUCUUCCUUCUGUUUGUGGUUUAUAAAAACUUCCUGUCACAUUUAAAUUCCCAGCAUUGAUGGUUCUGUUCGAGGGAAGGGGGGCUUCAGGUCAGGGCGGGUUCUCACUAGUCUGAAAGCGCAGUGUUGACGUGAUUCAUGUUGUUCUGUUUUGCCCUGAAUUACAUGUAUGUAAGUAUUGUGUAUAUCCCUCUCUGCCGCUUGUAUAGAAUAGCAUUUAUUUUUUAUACCUGAUAGAUAUAUUAUUACUGCAACUAAUGUGGGGCCUCCACACUUCAUCGUUACACCAAUCCUGGCUCUUUGUGGAAGCAUCCUGUCUCAUUGUUGCACUUUACUUCACUGUGGACACAUUGGUUGCUGCUCAUCCUCUCCUUGAUCAGUAGCCGGUCUCUGUGUUGGGACAGUGUCGUGAGUUCACCUAAUCCUUCAAUAGAGCAGCCAGGGAGUUUAACACUGCUGGGCGGGAUGAAUGGGGUCUGUUUGUCUUGGCGUGUGAGACUCGAUCCGUCAGACUGUUUUUUAACCAUUGCAAAGCUGUAGUCGCAUCGAAUGACACAAAAUAAAUACUUUGGUAUUCUUUG